AAAGUACAUCGUUGUCUUGAUUUUGCAUCUCUGUUGGUUUUGCUUGAUAAACGAAUUUGUUCUUUUAUAAAUUCUUCUAUAAAAAUGGCGAAUAAUACUCUAAAUAAUAGCAGUCAAGACUAUGAUCAAAGUUUUCGUUUUUCUCAGAAUCAAUUGGAAAAAAGUCUUGACACAUUUUUUUCCACCGGCACCAGGCAUAAUAACAACAAAACUCCACCUAGAGAGGCAUCCUAUAAAUAUGAUUAUGAUGAAAUACGAAGAGUUCCACGGCAGCGUGAAAUGGGAGAUAGGCCAUCAAGUAGAGCAGGCAGGCGACAGGCAGCAUCUAAACCAGACCGGUUUCGUCAAUCCCGAAGAAGACCACGAAAAAGGAAAGGUCCGUCCGCUAUUCGGAGGGAGCGGUACCUGGAAGCAAAAAACAAGCUCGAAGAGAUUGCAAAUAAUGUUGAAAAUGGUACUGUCCAAGAAGAUGAUGAGGAGAACAGAAUAAAAUAUACGAAAAUUUUAGAGGAGAUCGAGAAAGAAAAGCUGGAAAUUGCUCAGAUAGAGGAAGCCAAAAAGAAUAAGAAAACUAGAGAUCGCAGGACAGAAAUAUCAACAAUUAAACCCGAUCCCGAAGCUUAUUGGAAAGUUUGGUGGGCGAAAUAUGCUUACAUUGAAAACAUCAUUCCAAUAGUGGAUAAAAAUGUUCCUGAAGUAAAAAAUAUGGUUAAAUUCUCAUUUAAUAAAAAUGACCAGCAGAACCAAUCUAGAAUGAAUGACAUUCUUAAGGUUGGCAUAGACAGGAUCAAUCGCAACUUUAAUAUCACAGAAACAAAUUAUCAAUCGCGUGAUGUAUACAAAUUAUUUAUAUACAAGAGACUUAUGGAGGAUAUAAAUUUUCAAAAACGGCUAAAUCCAACAGAUAAAGACCGAGUAUUAAAGAGCCUUACUGUUUUCAAAAGUAAACGUUUAUAUUCACUGAUGCUCCAAAGCUUAAUAAGUAAAUGGGAUAAUUGCCAUAAGACCAUGGCCGGUGCAGUUAAGUCGGGAAACUGGGAUGUUUCUGUUAAGAUGAUGAACACAAAACUUUUCCAUUAUCUAGUAAUGGAGUCGAUAAAAGAAUUAAAGACCCUGUGCGCAUUGGAUUGGAGUGGAUUUAAUGAGUUCUAUGAAAAUCAGAUGUCAAUGCCACCUCAACACUUAACCAACACCCAUGGCGAAGAUGGCGAAAAUAAUUCCGACAUGGACAAUGGCGACGCUUAAAAACUAUUAUUGUUUUUGAAGCUAAAUAGCAAAAACAUAAAAGUUAAAAUAAAUCACAAAUGUUUCAUGUAUCUAUGUACAGUAUGCUAAAUUCAUAUUCGUACACCAACUAAAAAUUUAAUCCCAAACACAUUUCAUUUGUGCCCCAUAUUGCCAUGGUCGUUAAAUAUGUCUCCCUAAAUAUUUGGCCUAACAUUUGAAUAUCAUAUUCGUUUUCUACUCUCAAAUAUGUUUCAUUUGGAUCCCGCAUUGUUAUGAUUGGUCCACACAUCCAUUUGGCGGGCUUUGGGGUUGGUAGAGCCCUCCUGUCAACCCACCGCAAAAUUGGAUACCAAAUUUUUGUUUUUAGGUUACUAUUAAAGUGCAAACAAAUUAUCGUUCAAUCGCCUGCGAGAUCUAGGGUUUUUACAAUUCUGGUAAGGGAGAGGGAACUCAUCUCAGGGUGGGAGGGUUAAAAUAAAAAAUACAACUGGCGCAGAUGUUAUUUUUAGUGAUGCUCACUGUUGAUUACCGUCAUAUUGUCACCAUUUAUUCUUUUUUUAAUGCAACAUAUUGUCAUCGACCCAUCUUGUGUUACUGUUGUGCAUUGGUAAUGAAUAAAUAAGCCAUGUAAAUAGGA